AUGAUGACUGGUGUUCAACGUUUUUUUGCUACUGGUGAUGAACCAAUGGAAAGCCGACCACCUAUUCUUGACCUGAAAAAUGUUCCUACACUGCCAUUAGAGAAAGCGGUCCAUACAGUAAAAGAGCAAAUCAAAAUCAUUGGCAAAAUGGUCACCGAAGCGAAGAGAAGAAAAAUGAAUCUAGUCGAUGGUCUUAAUCAUGAUGAAUCUGCUUCCAUCUACCUAUAUACCAAGGAGCAUGUAACACCGCAGAACAAUGUUUUUAUGAGACUUAAUAAAGCUCUUUAUAACAAUAGCCAGUCAUCAUUGGCAGCAUGGUGUACGUAUUUGAAACUCUUCAUUGCUGCGCUAGACAAACUACCGUCCGUCCAGUGUACAGUUUACCGCGCUGGUAAAGGCGAUUUAACAGGAAAAUACAAAGUGGAUUCAUUCUGGUGGUGGUGGGGUUUUAAUUCUUGCGUUACGCCCAAACAGAGUAUAGAUAGAAUUAUUGGCUCAAAUGGUACUCGAACUGUAUUCCGAAUUGAGUGCUUCAAUGGAAAAGACAUAUCCAAGCAUUCGACAUCGAAGAAUAAUACGGAGAUCUUACUGAUGCCUGGUACGCGUUUACGUGUGACUCAAAUUAGAAAGCUUGUAAAAGGAAUAAUCGUGAUUCACUUGAGCGAAGAAACGAAUCUAGAUGAUGAGAAUGCGCCUAUUGACACUGCAUCAUCAUCAAUAUCUAAGACGACAUCUUCGAAAAACGUUAAUGUCACAACUUCAAACCAAGCGAAUGCUUUGUGUGCAUCUUCAAACGGUGAUCAAGCAUGUCAGUUUCGAACAGAACCACGAUGCUUUGACUAUCAGUAUCAUGAGAACGGAAAUCGAUCCAUAGUAAAGCCAGAUGAACUUGAAAUUUACUUACAGCGUCCUCCGUCCGCUACACAAGCAGAUACUAUUGAUCGCAUUUCUGGAUCGCUCAUUGGAAUGGCUGUGGGUGAUGCUCUCGGUGCUCAUGUCGAAUUUCGACCGAGGGACUUCCUCUUGGAGCAUCCUGUAACAGACCUUGAACGCGGCGGAACUUGGGGACUGGAAAAGGGACAGUUCACGGAUGACACGUCCAUGGCUUUGUGUUUAGCUAUUUCACUUGUGGCUCGUCAUGAUUUUGUGAUGUACGAUCAAUUGGUACGCUACAAAUGGUGGUUUCAGCAUGGUUAUAUGUCAUCAACCGGAUCUUGCUUUGAUAUUGGCACGGCCACCAAACAAGCUAUAUUGGAGUUUGAACGACGUCAGAAAGAAUUUGCAAAGUCUCACAACAUACCUCUUAAUCGAAUAGACUAUCUUUCGGAUCCUUAUCUACUCUCGGAAUUCGACGCCAGAUGCAGUCAGGAGGGCGUAGCUGGUAAUGGUGCUUUGAUGCGGUUGGCUCCCGUACCCUUAUUUUUCUAUGCAUAUCCCGAAUGUGCUGUCGAGUUGUCUGGUUUGAGUGGUCUAAUUACUCAUGGUGAUCGGAAAGCUUACGAUGCUUGUCGCUAUUACGGUGCUCUUAUCGUUGCAGCUGUUCGAGGCGAAACUAAGAACGCAUUGACCGAUAAUAAUUUCUAUUAUAACCACGAACAAUGGUUUAAUGGUGUUCAACUUUGUCCAGAAAUUAUGGAAAUUGCUCGAGGUUCAUACAAACGAGAAGGUGGAUAUGAUGAGGGCAUUCGAGGCAAAGGGUACAUUGUCAGUGCACUUGAAGCUGCUUUGUGGGCUUUCUAUUAUGAUAGCAAUUCGUUCAAAAUUGGUGCGUUAGCUGCAGUUAACCUUGGUGACGACACUGAUACAACAGCUGCUAUUUAUGGGCAAUUGGCAGGUGCAUUCUAUGGUUAUCAUAGUCUACCUCGUGAGUGGGUACAACAAGUUUAUGCUAGAAAAUUUAUCCUUUGUCUAAGCGAUUGGAUUAUUUACGAAGGCAAUCAAUGGACUCCGAGAAGAUCGAUGGUCAAUCAACUUCUUCCAUUUUCACGGCAUGAGAACGAUGUUGAUAUUCAUUCAUUGCCUCCAAAGAAACCAACAAAUAUUGCUAAAACAAAGGAAAUGUUCAAUCCUAAUCCGUCAGCUGGAAGACUAUCUCGCAAAACGUCCUUUGAUGCGAAGAAAGAAUCCAUGCUAUCUACAAGAAAGUCUCCGUCUCAGGUCCCUCAAGGUGCAAAAUCAUUUUCAACAACAAGAACGAGUCCACCGAGAAUACAGACUCGUAGGAAUAGCGUUCUCGAUGGACGCCGACCUAGUUCAUUAUCUAGACAAAGAGUGAAUUUACAAAAAUCCAAAGAAAAGCCUGUUUCUAAAACGGCUCCACCCGUCCAUCGACCUCAAGGAUGUAAAUUUCAUUUGGAUCUGAAAAUAAUUUCAACUGCUUCAUUCGUCGUCAUUCCUACAAAAGUAUUUUCAAUCAUGAAAUCAAAUUCUCUUCUAUGUCUGCUUGUUCUUGGUUUAUUAGUCUGUUUUGCUGUAAGUCUUCCAGCUGCAUCAGAUGUGGAAGCGGCUGACUUCAAUAAAAUAAGCUUGGAUUGUACUUUACGAUGUGGUUGGUGGAAUGCUUGUAUGUUUAACGGUGGAAGUUGUCCUGAACCAAGCGAUUGCCAAUGUCGAAAAUUCGGUUAA